AUGCAAAAGAACCUUUCUGCGCUAUCUUUCAAAGACAAAGAUGACAAUGUUGUAACUGAGAAAGGACUGCCACGCCGCCCAAAUCUCCAGCUACCCACCAAUAAUAAAGAUACUUACCGAACAUUUAUCGACCAUGGUUGCGAAGUCGAUGAAGAAGACUAUCCAACAUAUCCAAAUGGUGCCACUGUAUACGUCAACGACCCUGAGCGUCCAGCCUCUAAUUUUCGAUUUAUCGCUUGGACUCACACCAUGAGGACCGAGACUACGAAGAAGAAAGAUUGGAUCACCAGAAGAUAUUACUGCCUAGGCGUCAUGAAAUGUUCAGAGGACGAGUGUCCCUUUGCCGGCUCUCCACCAACAGGCAAAAAAAAAAUUGCCGAAGUUGUAGACGGGUUAAUUCCUUGCCCGGUCUCUUCUUGCGACGGCUAUCAAAUACACACCGAUUGUAACGCCGUGUGUCGAAUUGACGUCGAGUUAGACGACUUAGGACAGGAGCAGUGGGGAAUACUCCGUCAUCAGGGCACUCAUCACCAUCAGUGGCCUGAAUCCAAGAAGGCUGACCCGAUUUCGAAAGCCAAGUUGAAGGAGAAAGUCCUCAGUGACAUCAAAACUGGACCUUUAGGCUUAAAGGUUGGACAGGUGCAUUCGGGUACAGAGCCUAUUCAAACUGUGUUGGAUAUUCACCCUUCCUUUGGACAUACCGAUCGCUUAGGAUACCUGCGACGUGACUUUCUAGAGAAGGCGGGUAUAAUGACGAACACUCGAGACCCUGAAGCAGGAGACAAGUGGCUCCAAACCAUGAUGGACUGGUCUAGGAAAGGCCUAAUAGUCCCCUCCUCGUCGAUUGCGGGGGACAACGCUCAUAUCUCCUUCCAAACUGAAUGGAUGGCCAAGGUCUUAGUCGAACCCGAUGAGAAAUCCGACAUGUAUACCGGCGGUCUUUUAUCAGACUACUGUGAACCUAUCAAGCGCUGGGUACCGGUCUUAUUCACUUGGCUUGGAGGGCUUUCAACCGAACAUUACAAAAUACAUUUUACUGUUUUACUUCAGCAGAUUCAGAAAACCAAUAUGUCGGAUAAGAACACAGGCAUGAUGGUUGAGCAAGUUGUCAACUUUUCAACAGCUCAGAAAGCGGGAUUUGUCGAGGCCUACAUGGAAGUCUUUCACUGCCACGAUAAGAACGUGGCACUGUCUAAGCUUCAUGGGUGCGAGUGGCACUUCCUCCAGGCUGUCACUCGACUUAAGAAGAAUAGCAAGAUAGUCAAGCCACAGUCUAAGGGAACUUGGGAGAAGAAAUGCAAAGCAUUACUUCAACCUGAUGGCCCGGGAGUUGAUGAUCUCGACACGCGAUUUGAGGAGCUACGUCGGAUGUUCCCUCUAGCGAAAAGGUGGCUAGAAUGGUGGGCAACAUCCGACAUUCAAGCAAUGCUUUUUCCCGCACGCAAGCGGAUGCCACAAGAUGAUCCUCCCUUGCCAGGGGAGGACAGUGAAGACAAAGAGUACGACGAGCUGGAACCUCGACGCCGAGGACCUCGACGCCGACCUGACUUGCCUUCAACUACGAAUGCACAAGAAUCAAUGCAUCGAGUCUAUUACAUCUUAUGGGCAAAUGCACGGUUAUACCUGGGAUAA